UGAUACCGAAGGUGACAGAAGCAUUCACCAAGUACUUUGAGAGUAUGUUGGCCAAAGGGCAGCGGUAUUGAGUGACCUUGGCCACAUUCCGGUUCACGCCUACAUGAAAGCUGCUAUGCAAACCCACAUUGCCACGCACCUAGUGAUCCUCCUUUUGAAUCUGCAGCGCCUCAAAGGCCGGACGCGUCCUAGGUUCAGUGGCUGGGAGAUAUCAGCAUUCGAGCUUGAGGAAACUAUCGAUAUGGCGCAAUAUGUCAGCAGCUCCGUGGACGCUAUGCCUAAAACUAUAUCAUUUUCACUGUAUGCGGUAUUUCUCAACCGUGGCGGAAGUCCAUACCAGGUGUACUCGUGCAUCCUGCGACUAGCCACAGACAAGUGGUUCUACUUUGAGAGUGGGUUGGGUUUCCCUAUCUUGCGCAGCCAGGUCCUUGACGAGUAUGGUGGCAACGAGAUUCAGCGCUCAUACUCUGCAGUGCAGCGCCAGAGAGACAUCUGUGCUGCAAAGCGAUUCACAGCCAUGCAUAUGCCCAUCUAUAUUCGCAACAUGUCUGGAAAGCAUCUUGCUUGGGUGUCGUCGAUAUUGCCAACACGCUGGCCCAUCUACUCCUAAGCACCUCUGAAGAGUUUACAAGUACGCCUAAAUCGACAAAUGCAGCUUCAAUAGCAGCUAUUCUGUACCAGAGUUUGGAGUGGCAUCCUUUUGGUCUGGGUUCCCACAAACGUUGCCAUGAGCUGGCAGGCUGGCAUUACCAGCAAAAAAUCCGCCGUGAUUUUUAGGUGGAUCCUGAACAAAAAAUCGAAAACCUCAUAUAUCCCGAUGUCAGAGUCAGAAGAGUACAGAAUUGCUGUGGCCGGUCUGCAGAAGCAAGUCA